UCAGAUAAGAUCCAGAGACACACACACACAGUGGGAGAAGGUCACAAUUUGCCUAUCACAGUCACUGUCAUUUGCAUCAUUUAAAAAUAAUGUGAACACAGCCUGCUUUCAGCCAGAGACUGCCUGUUUGGCUCGUCCAGUGUGGAGGAGGGAAGACUUCACAGCAGCAGAUGGAAAGGAGAGGAAAGGAAACAGAGAGACAUAAGAGGGAGUAAGGCAACAAGAGGAGGCAGGCAUAGAUUCACUUCAGUGUGAGUAUGUGUUGUUUCUGACAGUGAGGCAGGAGGAGAAGAAGGAGGAACAGGGAGAGGAGGGGGAGGAAGGGGGUGCUUCCUCUUGAGUCUGGGCUGAGCUGCUGAUGUAUCCCAGCAGCCCCAGUCCAUAGCAACAGGAAACCUUGGUAUAUAAAGCCCCAUCGCAGGGGGAACCCUCCUAAGUAUCUCGCAGCCGCAGCAUGACCAGCACCGAGAACCUGAGAGUGUGGACUUAAUCAAACAAUGAACAGCCUAAUCACCGAAUCACUCAACACCCAGCACUUCAUCAUGGACAAAGAUGACAGGAGGAGAAACAAGAACAUAGGAAAGGACUUCAUGUGUCGACUCCAGUGCAUGUUCUCACACUCAUCAAGCUCAGAGAGGCUAAGUUUAGAAGAUGUCCAACAAUGGUCACAGUCACUGGAAAGGCUUCUCGAGUCUAAAUACGGAUUGGCUACCUUCAGCUGCUUUCUCAAAUCCGAGUACAGUGACGAGAAUAUUGAGUUCUGGCUCACCUGUGAGGACUACAAGAAGAUCAGGCCUUCAUUCAGAAUGUCCUCGCGAGCCAAGAAGAUUUACGAGCAGUUCAUCAAAACAGAAUCUCCUAAAGAGAUCAACAUCGACUAUCACACCCGAGAGCAGAUCAAAAGGAAUGUCAAGACUCCCACCAUGCACUGCUUUGACGACGCUCAGAAGAUAGUGUUCGGGCUAAUGGAGAGAGACUCAUACCCGCGGUUCCUCCGCUCUGACGUUUACAGAACUCUCCUGGAGAACUUUGCCACCGACGCGACAAAGGGAUGAAAGCAAAGUCGGCGGGUUAAGAGGGAGAGAAAGGACGUUGAGAAAAGAAAUCCAUAACUGGAAUGUCUGAGCUCCUUCCAGGGGAAGUACUGACAACAAAGAAGGCAGGAGAGUCACACAGUGGCCUCACACCUCGCCUUGCCAACGUCGCGUCCGGAAGCAAAAGCCUCAGUCACGUCACGGGAGGGUCACGGCAAUGAGGGAGAGCAGCGAAACAUGACUUAUGACCCUGCAGCGUGCACGUGCAUUGGAUGAUAAGGCACAGAAUCCGCGGGGUCACCGAUGCCUGGAGCUGCGUGAGCGAACCAUGCAACGGACCUCCUUUGGCCUUCUUUGCAGAGGUGUUUCCUGUGCAGAUUACGAUAGAGGAUGUAUAAGAUGCAUCUGUUGAUUAACGGUUGUGUUUGAGAGGGAGUGUGCGCAGUAUUUACUGGUGGCAUUUAACUGCCACUGACAUACGGUAAGCUGUCAGGAAGAAAAGAAAAGAGCUGUUCAAGACAGAUCAGAGGAAAUCAACAGGACUUAGUAAAAGAGAAAGGAAGCAGAAGACGGCUACUUGGUUGUGCAAGAGGCAUUCUGGGAUUCUUUUAAAGAGAGAAUUCCUACUUUUCCUCUGUCGUUUUUCUGGAUUGGACUGAUUUGAGAGUCAAAAAUUCUAUUUUCUAGAUUUAGUCUGCCUGUGGGUGAUAUUUUGUGCAAAUAUUUAUUAUCUUUAAGGUGAACAUGCAACAAGCAAAGUAAAAGGGAUUUUUCUCAUGGAAAAUACUAGGGAUGAGUACUUUUUUUUUUUUCUUAAAUGAUAACAGACAUAAUAGUGCACAUAUUUGUGUGAAACAGUUGUGAUUUUGUCUAAUAAACUGAGUGGAAAUGGAAUAGAAUUAGUAUGUUUUCACAUUGCAUGCGCACACACAUAGCAGGGCAUGCUCACUGCAUGCUCUAAAAAUAGGCCCGAGUGUUUGCUUUCCGAAACACGUUGUUUGAAUGUAUCCUUAGGGUCGUGAAGAGUGGAUUAACUUAAAAGCUAAACAUUGUUUUAUUUAUUGUAUAAUUUGAGUAGAACCUGUGUUGCAGUGUCACUGUGCUUGUUUGAAUGUUAGUGAUUUAUUUCAAUUGCAUUAAAUUAUUUAAACUGCUUAUAUGGAA